AUGGUCGCGACACUAGAAGCCAUCAAAGGUGGGGGAGGAUCCAUCAAAGUGGGAACGACUGGGAAAAUCAGUGCCUUAAUGUCAAGGGAAUUAGAAUCUGCAAAGUCUACGCCCCAAACACCUGUAUCAUCUAGGAACAAAUCUCUUAUAGACUCAAAUGCGGUUCCUAAUGAUCCUAUUACCCCUAGAAGACUAAAACCAAGAACAUCAAUGGAUGAAGCAAGCAGCAGUGGUAGUAGCAGCACCGUCAAUAAGAAAAGCCCUGAAACAGUCCGGAAAACAAAACACUACAAUCGGAAAACCCAUCAAGUACCAAUGCUCAACUCUGACAAUGUUUCCUUGGAUGGAACGCCUAUUAGAGGGAAACCUGCUAAAAGAGGAUCUUACAAUAUAGUUGAAAUUGUGGACAUAAAAUGUGGUAGCCCGGAUAGGACAUGGACCGGCCCAAUAACAAAUCGACUCAAGAAGCUCAGUUUCUCUAAGCUUUCUGAGAGCGUUGUCUGAGGCUGUGUUUGGAUCGUGGAUUUGAUGAGUUUACAAAUGAAAACAAUUGACUAGAUGUCUUUUCCUUUACCUUUUCUUUUCCUCCAGAAUCCCCCCUGGUAAAUCCACGAUCCAAACACAGCCUAAGCCUGCAACUGCUUCACAUCAGCUUUGAGAUUCCUGUAAUUGAACCCAGAAAUUAUAUCUGGCCGGGUGCUCUCUGCAACUUCAACCAAAGAACACAUACUUGGUAUGAACUUGCUUCCUCCUUUCUUCUUCCUUUUUGGAGUAGUGACCAAUGAUCCAAGCUUUGGUCUAGAGUGAUCGCUCCUGGAGGCCAUACUUCUGAAUUGACAGCAAGACUUCUCCAAUUUGUCUCGACAGCCCAAUUCAAGCUGGCUAAAGCACUCGAUCUCUUUCAUCAUAAGGGAUGCAAAGGUCCCUCUGGUUCCUAUUUCAGCAGGAAUUCUUGUUGCUGUUUUCUCAAGGACUGGCAUGGCUAAAGUGAAGGAUUUGUACAUCACUUUCUCUCCGGUUGGAGGGAAUGAGGAGGCUUGUGGAUGAAGAGAGGAGGCUCUGAGUCUUGGCUUGGAGUGCAAAUUGCUUUGAGUUUCUGGCAUUUUGUUUCUCCUUUGGCCUUGUCUCUAUGAAUUCCUCACCUUAUAAUCGACACAAAGUGAAGUGCUGGGUAAUUACAGGACUCAUUGUAAUCAUGUGGUUGCAGUUAAAACAGUGGCCUAACUUUUGUACCCACUCUAACACUUGGGUCUCCAAUUAUGAAUCUAUGAUCCCUUUUUCACUA